AUGCGUGUCGCUUCGCUUCUGGCCCUCCUCCCCCUCAUCUCCGGCGUCUUCGCCUCGGACGUCCUCGACCUCAACAAGGACACCUUUGAGACCGAGAUCUUUGACGCCGACCUGGCCCUCGUCGAGUUCUUUGCCCCUUGGUGUGGACACUGCAAGAACCUCGCCCCCGAGUACGAGGAGGCCGCCACCAUCCUCAAGAAGACUGGCGUCAAGCUCGCCAAGGUCGACUGCACUGAGAACCAGGAGGUCUGCCAGUCCUACGAGGUCACCGGCUACCCUACCCUCAAGGUGUUCCGCAACGGUGUCCCCACCGACUACACUGGUCCCCGCAAGGCCGACGGCAUCAUCUCGUACAUGAACAAGCAGUCGCUCCCUGCCGUCACCGUCCUCACCUCGGAGACCCACGACGACUUCACCAAGGCCGACAAGGUCGUUGUCAUUGCCUACGGUGACGCCAAGCACCCCGUCCCGAAGUCGUUUGUCGAGUACGCCAACGGUGCCCGUGACUCGUACGUCUUUGGUACCUUUGAGGGCGAGGACCUGCCCGAGAUCCCCGGCAACCCCUCGCUCCCCGCCGUUGUCCUCUACAAGUCGUUUGACGAGGGCUCGGCCGUCUUCCCCGGCACCGAGGUGGACGCCGAGGAGCUCGCCGCGUUCGUCAAGGGCCAGUCGGUCCCCCUCUUUGACCAGCUUGGCCCCGAGAACUUUGCCACCUACGCCGAGGCUUCGCUCCCCAUCGCCUACCUCUUCAUCGACCCCGAGGACACCUCGCGCCAGUCCAUCAUCGACGGCCUGCAGGAGACCACCAAGGCUCUUCGUGGCGAGGUCAACUUUGUCUGGAUUGACGGUGUCAAGUUUGCCGAGUACGGCAAGACCCUCGGCGCCCAGGUCGACAACCUCCCCGCCUUUGUCCUCCACGACCUCGAGACCUCGAUCAAGUUUGUCCUCCCCGAGAAGGCCACGGCCGACGGUAUCCACACCUUUGUCACUGGCGCCCUCCUCGGCGAGGUCGAGCCUACUGUCAAGUCGCAGCCCAUCCCCGAGACCCAGGACGAGCCCGUCUACAAGCUCACCACUCUUGGCUGGGACAACCUCUUUGGCGACUCGACCAAGGACGUCUUCGCCGAGUUCUACGCCCCCUGGUGCGGUCACUGCCAGCGUCUCGCCCCCACCUGGGACACUCUUGGUGACAAGUACAAGAACUCGAACGUCGUCAUCGCCCAGAUGGACGCUACCGAGAACGACAUUCCCCCUACUGCCCCCUUCAAGGUCCAGGGCUUCCCCACCCUCAAGUUCCGCCCUGCCGGUUCCGAGGAGUGGGUCGACUACCAGGGUGACCGCUCGCUCGAGUCGCUCGUCGAGUUCAUCGAGGCCAACCGCAAGGGCGAGGCCGUCGAGGCCCGCGACGUCGUCGAGGACGAGGCCGUCGAGGAGGCCGUCCAGGAGGAGACCCCCGCUCACGACGAGCUCUAA